AUGGACGACGGAGCGUUCGAGGACGAGGAGGAGGAAUUCGACGACGACGACGAGAGAUACGUACCAACACUCCAACAGACGUUAUCAAAACUUCGCUCGCGACGAGAUGCCGCGCGAGAAAACAAGCACGGGUUGAGAUCUUCCGCGCUCUUUUUCGCGGAAAAUUGUUGCGUCAUGAGCAGCGCGUUAGUCAAGUUCGUCGUGAAGAAGAAGAAGAAGAAAAAGAUGAAGAUGAAGAACGAAGAUGAAGAAGAAACGCACGAUUUUGCGACGACGACUUUGACGACGUUCGAACGGGAAAAGAAAUCGGACGUGUACGCGUUCGCGUCCAUUCUCCACGAGGACGGGCAACACGCGCGAGCGAUGGAAAUCAUGAAGAAGAAGAAAGGAGAAAGAGGAGGAAACAAAGAAGAGGAAAACUAUUUAGACGAGUUCGGAGAGAUGAGCGUGUUAGCCAGUCGGUGCUUGUAUAAAUCGAGGAAAUUCGAGGAGUGCUUGAAAAUGUGCGAGUUGGACGGUUUGGUGGAUUUCGGAGGGCAGUCGUCGAAUCACGCGUUUACCGGGGACGUGGUCGGAGCGAACCACGUGGGGACGCCCUCGGUGUAUAAUAAUAACAACAGCGUUCUUAACGGAGACGACGAGGAUGGCAGAGAUUUAGUGGCGAUGAAACAGGACGACGGACUGGACCAGUUAAGAGCUAUAUCGGCACACGUUCGCGGGAAGGUGCACGACCAGUUGGACGCUCGAAACGCGAGCGCGAGAUGGUUCCAAAUCUCUCUCAUCUUAGAUCCGAUGUUGUACGAUAGUUACGAAGCGUUGACGAAAUCGCACGCGCUGCCGAUGAGGAAAGAGAAAGAGGUGGUGCAGAGUUUGCGAUUCGAGGAAGGGGACGAGUGGAUGCGAGCGAUGUACGACGCGAUUGCGGGACGGUUCGAAGAGGACGAUUUUGGCGCGGCGCUGAGAGAUUCGACGAAUACUUUUUCUACGAGAGGAGGAGGAGGAAGAAGAGGAGAUAGGCUCAGAAGCGCAGCGACGCCGCCAGUGAAAGGAAGUCCGGCAAAGACGCUUUCGCCGUCCAGGAGGAGCCCGAGGAAGAAGACGCAGAUGCAAUCGCAACAACACAAUCAAUCGACGCCGGUCUCGGGAGUCACGACGGGGACGACGACGUCCUUUUCCUCUCCAGAGCUCGAAAUCUUGCGUGACGCGCCUUUUCUGCGUGCGAAACGCGCCGAAUGGCUUUACAACAGAGGCGAAACGCGCAAGUGUUUCGAAGAGAUGCAAAGAAUAGCCGCUAAAUCGUCCGCGCCGUCGAGAUUCGACGUGGAAUCGUUGCCGGCGUACCUCGCCUCGGCGGUGGAUUUGAAGAAAUCGAACGAUUUGUACAAGAUUGCGCACGAUUUAACCGCUUUGUAUCCCAAACACGCGAUUUCUUGGUACGCGGUCGGAUGUUAUUACCUCGUCGCGAAGCGAUUCGACGACGCGAGACGGUAUUUCGGGAAAUCGACAGUUGCAGACCAAGCGUUCGCGCCGGCGUGGAUCGCGUUCGGCCACGCUUUCGCCAUGCAAGACGAAUCCGACCAAGCCGUCGCGGCGUAUCGAACUGCCUCGAGAUUGUUUCCAGGUAUGCACGUUCCCGUUUUGUGCGCCGGGAUGGAAUACAGUCGCGGUUCGAACAACGCUUCCUUUGCGCGAAGCUUCUUCGAAAAAGCGGCGGAAUUGAAUCCGACGGACGCUUUGGUCCAAAACGAGUUGGGCGUUUCCGCGUACAAACGAAAAGAAUAUUUAGAAGCCGAGCAGUUUUUGAGAGACGCGCUGUGGCUAGCCACUGGAGGAGGAUCUAGCACGAGCAUUAGCACGAGUCCGUCGCCGCAACAUGCCACGGUCAAAUCGGAAGAACACGACGUCGUCGCGUUAGCCUCUCGAUUGAGCUCGCAAAAGUUGGAGCGUUGGGAGCCGUGCGUCGUGAAUCUGGCGCAUUGUUUGCGAAAACUGAAACGAUUCGAAGAAUCCAUCGCGUGUUACGAACAAGCCAUCGCGUUGCGGCCGAAUAUCUCGUCCACGCACAGCGCGCUAGGUUUCGCGUACCAAAUGAAAGCGAAUUUUCUGGACGUGACGAGUUUAGAAAACGCGGUGGCGAGUUACCACAAAGCGCUGGGUUUAAACCCAUUGUGCGAGUUCUCUCAAGAAAUGUUAGAGUUGUGUUUGAUCGAUAUCGCUGCGGUAAAAUUACCUCGAUACGUGCCGCACGAUGAGUACGACGAUAACCCGAUCGAUUUGAGAGAUUUGAAUAACAGGGAAGGAGGAUUCGAAAUGUACGAUCAAGACGAGGACGACGAGGAGAUGGAGGAAUAA